AUGGAUGAUCUCAACAAGCCAGACUCUGCUACAACUCAGAGCUCUAGUCCGGCUGGAGACUCACCAGAUGUAGAACCAGAGCAGUCGACCAAUGAUUCCACCGAUUCUUCGAAUGCAAAAAACAUCGUCGAGGAUGAAAUAGUCGCUGGGGAACUUAUACGAGCAAUUGCUACGACUGUUUCACCACCUAACAUUCAACCAAAUCACCAAGCAACGACGUUGUUAUUUUCGCUAAUUGAGGGACGUUGCAAGAGUCAAGCUAGAUCCACUCUCAACUCUCGUCGUCACUCCCAAGACCAACUAUCUGAAGAUGACGCCGAAGUGUUGGCAUUAGCGGACAGUAUUUUCAAGGAGACCUUGACGGGGAUGAAAAAGGCUGGCCUGAUCCCGAAAGAAGUGGCUAUUCCUGGCGCCGUUGAACGGCGAGAUUUCUUGAAAGCACUCGAUACUCGACUCAAAGACAUUGCAAUUCAUGAACAACCACCGGGAAAUCUCACGUACGACACAUUCGAAAACUCAGAACGCUACUCGGACGGCGGAGAUGUAUCUUCAUUGUUUGAAAGGUCCCAAUCUCAACUCCAGCCACGCUCGCAAGUACAUCAUCCACUUAGAAUAGCAUCCGGACGGCUUUCAUCAUCACCUCUUGACAAUUUGAUGUACCCUUCUGGAAUCAACGCCUUGCAUCAAGAAUCACCUUAUUAUCGCAAAUUCAGAGAAAUUUGUUUGUUGGAAUAUGCCAUCAAACAAAUUCGUGUUUCAGCAAGCCAAUUACGUUCGAUACAUGAUCAAGUUCAGCUUGAGCAUCUUUUGAAAGAACUCCGUGCCUUGGCAAAGCUACAACACCGCAACGUUGUACGAUACUAUGAUUCGUGGUGUGAAUUACGUCCUGCUUCUUGGCGUUCUGUUCGAAAUGGACAACGUCUUUUGGAAAAUGGGCCCGAUGAUUUAAGUGAUACUUCCUCAGAGAGCUCAUCCUCCGAAUCGCAGCAACCUAGUGAAAAUUUUGGCUCGGUUCCUAGGGAUAUCCAGAUCGAGAACGAGAUUGAACUGAGAAGAGAUAUUCGUAAAACUCGUAGAGAUUCGUUCCGAGAAUCUUCUCAGAACGAUAGUGUCAUAUUUGAAUAUUCUUACGACACUGCUCCGAGUUUGAGUGAAGGGAAAGACAAAUCGAAAUCAUCCAGUGCGCCAAGGAGCUCGUUGUUCCGCAAACCAAGCGAAAUGUCUGAUGACGAGGAAAGCACUGAAGAGAUACGAAAUGAGAAUCUGAAUAGAAAUAUGCAAUAUUGGGAAGACGAGAAAGACAUGUUGAUCUUUAUCCAGAUGGCUCCUUAUCCUUUCACACUCGAAGACUUCGUCUGGUCAGAGCAACAAAAAGAAAGCGACACCAAGUUACAACAUUGUUUUCACUGGCCAAUUGCCGCCCAGCUACUCUUAGCUAUCCUCGACGGCGUAGAAUACAUCCAUGGUCACGACAUCGUCCAUCGCGAUCUCAAACCCAGCAACAUCUUCCUAUCCAUCCACCGAGGUCACUACCAACCCGAGGGCUCAGUCAACAUCACCGCCUGCACCCACUGCACUCCCACCUCCUCAUCCGCCGAACAAAUCUUCCUCACCCCACACAUCGGCGACUUCGGCCUCAUAGCUAAAAUCGAAUCCUCCCACCCGCAAUCCGAAAACACCUUCCAUCCCUCCCCCAUCGCCGUCCUCUCCUCCGUCGCUUCCUCCCGCCAACCAGGCACGAAGUUCUACUGCGCGCCGCAAAGCGAUGAGAUUAGUCCGAAAUUAGAUGUCUAUAGUCUAGGGGUUAUUGCCUGUGAGUUGUUGGUGAGGUUUGGGACGAGAUCGGAGAGGAUGCAUGUGCUUAAUGAUGUUAAUGCUGGGAGGUUGGAUGUGCUGGCGGGUUGUGAGUUGGAGAGGGGGGUUAGGGGGAUGUUGGAGCAUGAGAAGGAGAGGAGGUGGGGGUGUGGGGAUGUUAGGAGGUGGGUUGGUGAGGUUUUGGGGGGUGGUGGUGGUGCGUGA